CGUCAACACCGUUACCCACAGGAUCCGCCGCCAGCAUUGCUGUUCCUGAACUACCGCCAGGGACACGAACUCCCCAACACCGAGUCCAUCGACGACUUGCCCGAAGCUUUUGCUAUCUAGUCAUCAUCCUCCAACCCUUCGCUCGUGAUUGCCUCGGGACUGACACCGACAACUCGCAACGACUUGCCUCGCUGCGCUCCGCCGCCAGGCGAGCAGUAUCAUUACGACGAUUGGCGACGCCCCAAGGAUCACGCACCCUCGACCUACUCACACGCGAUCGACAUCACAAUGGCCGCGAGCGCGCACGAGACAAAUAUCCGGUGCUCAGCCGAAGCUGCCAAGAACUUCGUCGACUGGUACUACCGCCAGGUGAACGAGGCCAAGCCGAUCGCGCAGGGCUACGUGAACGGCAACGCGACCUACGACAGGGCCGGGCACGCGCCGGCCGACAUCUGCAUCAACGGGCUCGUGGUGGCGACGCCGCAGGAGUGGGAGAAGCUGCUGGAGCAGCAGCGGCAGUGCCCGAAGCAGACGGACCCGAACCAGAAGCUGGUGCGGUACGACGUCGAGGUGUUCAACUGCCACGUCAUCAACCCGGACUACCGCUUCGCCGCGCCGCAGAAGAUGCUCGACCUCCACGCGCCCACCGACGGCGUGCGCAUGAUGAUGAUGCUGACCGUCGGCGGCACCGUCUACUUCGGCACCGGCAGGAACAAGGGCGACGGCUACUUCGCCAAGGAGCGCUUCCAGGACGUCUUCAUCCUCGUCCCGAACUGGGACGUCCUAGGAAAGCCAGGCGCCAAGGUCGGGAGGAAGUAUCUUGUUGCGUCGCAGAUAUACCGGACGUUUUAGGACCGUGAGCCGGGAGAUUUGGCGCGGGAUUGGAGGCCCGAGCUGCGUCCGGCGCCGGCCGAGCUGCGGGAGACGGCGCGCUUCAGAGAGUUGUAUCAACUAGUCAAGCAUAUCUGGGACUUGGUGUGGACCUUUUUUUUUUUGGUGGUAUAGGCGUUCGGGUGCAUGUACAGGAGGUAUACCAAAGGGAGCAUAGAUUGGGAACAAGCGAAUGUGGCGUUGAAUU